AUGUCUCUGCCGAUUCCACCAAAAAGCAGUGCAGCCCAUCCACCACGGGGCCUUUCCGCUACGGAAGCCCUGACGCCUCUCAUCGAGACGACUUUCCGAACACCAGAUAUCACAACGUACAUCAACGGACGGAAAACGGUCAUCAGUAAUCCCAACCCGCACUGGACGUUGCUAGACUACAUCCGCGCUCAGCCGAACCUCAAAGGUACGAAGCUGGGAUGUGGCGAAGGCGGAUGCGGCGCAUGCACCGUUGUCCUACAGGUUCCAGACUGGCAGUCUGAGAAAAAGAGAAUCAAACAUCUGUCGGUAAACGCAUGCUUGUUUCCCCUGGUUGGUAUUGAUGGCAAACAUGUCAUUACGGUCGAAGGUAUCGGCAAUGUCCACCGACCACAUCCUCUACAAGAAAGGAUAGCGAAGUUGCACGGCAGCCAAUGUGGUUUUUGCACACCGGGUAUCGUUAUGAGUCUCUACGCAGUGGUACGCAACGCAUACAACCCGGAGACAAAGAAGUUUCACCUCAGCGCUCGUGAGAUUGAGAUGGAAGGUCACCUUGAUGGCAACUUGUGCCGAUGUACAGGUUACAAGCCGAUACUUCAAGCUGCGAAGACUUUCGUCACUGAGGAUUUGAAGGGUCAGUUGGCAGAGGAGGACGAGCCAACGACUACCGAAUCUGAGAAGUUGGAGAAAGAUGUCCUCGAUCUGACCCGCAAUGGCUGCGCUGGUCCAUCCAAAGUUUCCUGCGGUCGACCAGGUGGCUGUUGUAGAGACACACCAUCCGAUAGUAGCUCCACAGACACCAAGUCGGACGUCUCAUCGCCUCCAACGGAGCCUACAUCGGCAUCGGAAGACGAGCACAUGCCAGUCAUCUUAGAUGCCAAGAAACAGCCUCAAGCAGAUCCUGCUAUCAGCGGCGCCGAUUACGCAAAACCACUGAAGAGUAAGGAGCAUGAUGCUGCUGCCGAGACGAAGACCACUACAUCUACAGUGGAGGCACCAGCGGCAGACUCGGUUAAAGGGAUACCCACGAUCGAGUUUUUAGAGUACGUUCCAGAUACUGAGCUCAUAUUUCCUCCCGCGCUAUGGAAGUACGAGCCACAGCCGCUAUGCUACGGCAACGACAAGAAGAUCUGGUUUCGACCUACCAAGCUUGAGCAGCUCGUAGAUUUGAAAGAUGCGUACCCAUCAGCCAAGCUUAUCGGUGGUGCUAGCGAGGUUCAAGUGGAAGUUCGCUUCAAAAACUCCGAUUUUGCUGUUUCUGUCUACAUCUCGGAUAUAUCAGAGCUGAAGCAGACAAAACUGCCAAUGUAUGCAGAGCUUGAGGCAGGGAACGAGCUUGUCGUUGCCGCAAACACACCGCUUACCGAGCUGGAAGAGAUUUGUAAGAAGGUCUAUGCAAUGCUUGGGAAGCGUGCAAUGGUGCUGGAGGCCCUUCGUAAACAACUGCGAUACUUUGCGGGUCGCCAGAUUCGCAAUGUUGCAUCAUUAGCUGGCAACAUUGCGACUGCAUCGCCCAUUUCGGACGCUAAUCCCGUGCUAGUCGCAGCCGGAGCGACACUUGAAGCUGUUAACAAGAAGGAUGGUCGCGUCGAUCUUCCAAUGUCAAGUUUCUUUGUCGCUUACAGGACUACAACUCUCCCGCCUGAUGCAGCGCUCCAUCGCAUUCGAAUUCCUUUAUCUCCACCAGGUUCACGAGAGGUUCUCAAAGCAUACAAGCAAGCGAAACGUAAGGACGACGACAUAGCAAUUGUUACGGCUGCAUUUCGAGUGCGUCUUGACUCGGAAGGCCUAGUAGAGAACGCUUCGAUCGUGUACGGUGGCAUGGCGCCUAUGACGAAAGAGUCACCGAAGACGCAAAAGGCUCUCUUAGGAAAGCCUUGGUUUCACUCGGGAACUCUUGAUGCUGCUCUUACAGCAUUGCUGCAGGAUUACGAUCUUCCGUAUGGCGUUCCAGGAGGCAUGGCUGACUACCGGAAAACGCUCACCCUGUCGCUCUUCUUCCGCUUCUGGCAUGAGUCCGCCGCUGAGUUCGGUCUGGGCAACGUCGAUGAGCAGGUGAUUGAUGAGAUUCACCGUGAGAUCUCCAGUGGUGCUCGAGAUAACUACAAUCCUUACGAACAACGUGUGGUGGGCAAACAGGUAGCACACUUAUCUGCUUUGAAGCAGUGUACUGGCGAAGCAGAGUAUAUUGACGACAUGCCGCGAUUAGACCGUGAAUUGUUUGGUGGACUCGUCAUGUCAACAAAGGCACAUGCUAAGAUCUUGCGCAUCGACUGGGACCGAGCGCUCGAAUUGCCUGGCGUUGUCGGCUACAUUGACCGACAUAGCAUCCCCGCGGAUGUCAACAUUUGGGGCUCGAUCAAGAAAGACGAACCUUUCUUUGCUGAAGAUAAGGUACUUUCACACGGCCAGGUCAUUGGUAUGGUCUACGCUGAGUCGGCUCUGGAAGCUCAAGCGGCCGCUCGAGCUGUGAAGGUCGACUAUGAAGAAUUACCUCCAAUCCUGACUAUCGACGAAGCCAUCGCAGCCGAGAGCUACUAUCCACAUGGAAAGUUCCUAAGGAAAGGCCUCGCGAUCGACGACAAGAUGGCAGACGCUUUCGCUCAAUGUGACAGGAUCUUUGAAGGUGUGAACAGGCUAGGCGGGCAAGAGCACUUCUACCUCGAAACUAACGCAGCGCUGUCGAUACCUUCCGGAGAAGACGGAGCUAUGGAAGUUUGGUCGUCGACGCAGAACACCAUGGAGACCCAGGAGUUUGUGAGCUCAGUCUUGGGUGUGCCGAGCAACCGCGUCAACGCACGUGUGAAGCGUAUGGGAGGCGGCUUUGGUGGAAAAGAAUCGCGUAGCGUGCCCUUCGCGGUAUAUACCGCAAUAGCUGCCAGAAAAGAGAAGCGACCAGUGCGCAUCAUGCUGAACCGCGAUGAGGACAUGCUACUUAGCGGUCAGAGACAUCCCUUCCAGGCUCGUUGGAAGGUGGGAGUCUCAAAGGAGGGCAAGCUCAUCGCCCUUGAAGCUGAUGUGUACAACAACGGUGGCUUUUCCCAAGACAUGAGCGGAGCAGUUAUGGACCGAUGCUUGACGCACUUUGACAACUCUUAUGAGUGUCCACAUGUGUUCCUGCGUGGUCACGUAUGCAGGACCAACAUCCAUAGUAACACCGCGUAUCGAGGGUUCGGCGCGCCUCAGGGCAUGUACUUCUCGGAAACCGUCAUGUACAACAUCGCAGAAGGUCUAGGGAUGGAUGUCGAUGAGCUGCGGUUGAAAAAUCUAUACAAGCCUGGGGAACAUACUCCGUUCUUCCAAAAGAUAGACGAGGACUGGCACGUUCCGAUGCUCUUGCACCAGCUGAGCAAGUCGGCUGAUUACGAGAACCGGAAGGCGGCCAUCAAGGUUUUCAACUCGAAGAACCGAUGGAGGAAGCGAGGCAUAUGUCUCGUUCCCUCGAAGUUUGGUCUCAGCUUUGCCACAGCUCUGCAUCUCAAUCAGGCGGCUGCAUACAUCAAGAUCUACCACGAUGGAAGUGUGCUGCUACAUCAUGGCGGAACGGAAAUGGGUCAAGGACUCUACACUAAGAUGUGUCAAAUCGCAGCGCAAGAGCUUGGUACCCCACUCGAUGCGAUCUACACCCAAGACAGCCAGACCUACCAGAUUGCAAAUGCUUCUCCUACCGCUGCGUCUUCUGGAUCUGAUUUGAACGGCAUGGCUGUCAAGAACGCAUGCGACCAGAUUAACGAGCGACUGAAGCCGUAUCGCGAGAAGCUAGGGAAAGAUGCACCCCUCAAGGCACUCGCUCAUGCCGCCUAUGUCGAUCGUAUUAACCUUGCUGCAAAUGGCUUCUGGAAGAUGCCUAAAGUCGGGUACACCUGGGGAGAUACAAACCUAGAGACUGUCAAGCCCAUGUACUACUACUGGACACAAGGAGCGUGCUGCUCAGAAGUUGAGCUUGAUCUUCUCACUGGCGAUCAUACCGUGCUCCGAUCAGACAUAAUGAUGGACGUCGGCAACUCCAUUAAUCCUGCCAUAGACUAUGGGCAAAUUGAAGGUGCUUUCAUUCAAGGCCAAGGUCUCUUCACUAUCGAAGAGACGCUAUGGACCCGAACCGGUCAGCUCUUCACUCGAGGCCCUGGUACAUACAAGAUCCCCGGCUUUAGCGAUAUCCCGCAGGUCUUCAAUGCCAGCAUGCUCCGUCAUGAUAACGACGGCAACCCACUAUCAUGGAAUCACUUGAGAAGUGUACAAAGUUCUAAAGGUAUUGGUGAACCGCCUUUGUUCCUGGGAUCAACAGUCUUCUUUGCGCUGAGAGAGGCGGUCGUGGCAGCAAGGAAGAUGAAUGGAAAGAAGGAUGAUGGAGGCUGGAAUCUGGAUAGCCCGGCUACAUGUGAGAGAUUGAGGUUAGCGGUUGGCGAUGAUCUUGUUGACCGGGCGAGAGCGGUAAGAAAAGAGGGAGAGACGAAUUUCCUGGUCGCUGUGGCGUAA